UAUCUCAUUAGAGCAAGUAGCUUAUAUGCAGACUACUUGAAUCAAUCAUUCAUUCAUUGUGUGUUUUUGGCUCCAAAGAUUAUUAUUUAAAAAAAUGAAUAUAGAAAUAGGUGAAUCAAAUAUAGAGAAUCAACAAAAUCAGUUUCCUGGACUUUUAACUUUAAGCAUUUUUAUUCUAAUUCGAAAGUUGUUGAAGAUAAAAACAAUCGUUUGGAUUCUCUUUGGAGUUGUGUGCGCAGUGUUGCUAUUAAAAUCUUUCCACCAUGACCAAUUAAUUCAACACAAAAUCGAAAAACAGCACGAAAGACGACCCAUUUACUAUGACGAUGGUUUGCGAACGGAAUGGAAUUUCAAAAUAUUGAAACAUUACGACCACUCGAAAUUGCAUAAAUGGAGCAAAGUACGUACUAAGCGAGAGCUUGGUUCGCAAGGGGAAAAUGGAUCCGCAUUCGUAUUGUCAGAUGCUCAGAAGCCAUUAAUGAAACAGCUUUGGGAUAAACAUAAUUAUAAUUUACUUGCAUCUCAAAUGAUUUCGGUGCGUCGAAGUUUACCAGAUCUUAGGUUUCCAGAAUGUCAUCCCUUGGUGUAUCCAGAAAAACUACCGACCACCAGCAUCAUUAUUAUUUUUCACAACGAAGAUAUUAGCACUUUACUACGAACUAUAUGGAGCAUUAUUGAUAGAUCUCCAAGGGAAUUACUAAAAGAGAUUAUUUUAGUUGAUGACUUCAGUUCCGACAAAAACUUAACGCAUAAAAUUCAUGGCAAUUUUACGCAUCUGUCGAUUAACAUUAAAAUUAUUCACAACGCGAGACGAGAAGGUUUAAUACGAUCGCGAUUGAUUGGUGCCAAAGAAGCCAAAGGAGAGGUGUUGACAUUUUUCGACUCGCAUAUUGAAUGUACUGAAGGGUGGUUACAACCAAUUCUCUCUCGUAUCGCAUCGGAUCGUUCAGUGGUCGCUGUUCCAGUUAUCGAUCGAAUAUCUGCAUAUGACAUGUCCUAUUCCCCAUACUCUGCUUCGCUUGGCAUAAAUGGUUUUCGAUGGCAUUUGAUAUUCACUAACAUGAGUGUUCCUCAAAGAGAACGAAUACGUACAAAUUUCGAUCGAACGGCCCCGCUACGAACGCCAACUCACAUCGGAUGCUCUUUUGCAGUGGAUCGUGAGUUUUUCUUUGAAAUUGGUUCAUAUGACAGUAUGAUGAAUAUUUGGGGAUCAGAGAACUUAGAAAUGGCAUUACGCGUGUGGCAAUGUGGUGGAUCACUGGAGAUAUUGCCGUGCUCUCGUGUUGGACACCUAUUUAGAAUUUCAAACUAUGGAUUUGAUGGCGAUGCGACAGUUAUAAAAGCACGAAAUAAUGUGCGUCUUGUUGAAGUCUGGAUGGACGAUUUCAAGCAACUUUUCUAUGCAGCUAAUCCAAAAUCGAAAGGAGUUCAGCCGGGAAACUUAACUGAUAGGAUCGCCCUAAAGAGCCGUUUUAAAUGUAAAAGUUUUCGAUGGUAUCUUGAGCAUGUGUAUCCAGAGAGCAAUUGGUUGAAGGACUAUGUAUUUUUUGGUGAAGUAGUGAGUGUUGCGGAUAAAACGUGUUUGGACCUAUAUAAGGCAAGAGAAAAAGAGCAAUUGGCUUUAUUUGGUUGUCAUCAUUCCGGGGCAAAUCAGUUUUUUGCAUUUGAGAAAAACGGACAAAUUAUAACGGCAGAAGAACUUUGCGUUGGUGUAUCUGAUGACAAAAUUUCGGUGAUUUUGGUUGAAUGUUCUCAACAUCCAACACAACUAUGGAGCUAUGAAAAAAAAAAUCAGUGGAUUAUUCAUAUAGAAACCGGACUUUGUCUAAAAAAUGAAAUGUCCAAAGCGGUAUUGGCAAAUUGUGAAAAAAGCGACAAAGAUAUAAAUUGGGAAUUGAAUUCAACCAACUGAAAAAAAAAGACACUGACGUAGAAAAAUUCCGUUUUUUAAUCGGUGUAGAAAAAAUGCCUAAAUGUUAUAUUGUAGUAUUCAAUAAAAGUGUUGCCAAAUACUGUAUUUAUUCAA